AUGGGGGAUAUAUUGAGGAGAGCGGCGGAAGCAGAAUCGCUCAUCUCUCAAGCGGCGUCUCGAAAGGACUAUGCUGCUGCCCUAGACGCCUGUAUCAAGGCUGCCGACUUGUAUCUCCAGGCAUGGAAGACCUGCUCGAACCCAGCUGAAAAGCAGAGGCGGCGUGAGAAGUUCAUGCAAUUGCUACAAAAAGGCGAAGAUUUUAAGAAGCUGAAGGCUAGUAGUAGCCAAAGCGGCAGCACUGGCCCUCAGAAUGUAAAUGUUCAAGGGAUAACAGCUGGGAUAGCUGGUGUGGGUUUAUCUGUCGUUUCUUCGACAGAUGCCGAAGGCGAAUAUGUACCCUCUGUACAAACUCCAACUUCAAUGGCACAGAAAGUCGUCAAAAAGGCACCAGUUUCUCAAAGAGCGCUUUCAAAGUCGGAGGAGAUCAUACAACUAUCCUCUUCAAAGCUCGCCCCACACAGUUUUUGGCCUUGGGAAGAUAAACAAUGUCCCAAAUAUACAGACUUUGUACCAACUCCUGGGGAGGAAGCCUUCACGGACUCAACCGGGCCUCUGGCUCUUUCGGUCCAGCAACAGAAGAACUUCGAUAGAUGGUACAGGCCUAGGGAGCUGUGGACUGGGACGGAGAAUAUGAUACUCGAAAGAGAAGGAGAAGAUCUCGCGGCAGAUCUUUCGCAAGAUAUCAUAUCCGAUUGUAGUGUCGUGGCCUCACUAUGCGCUGCUUUCACAAGAGAACAGAACGGGCACGGUAGUCUCAUAUCUUGUAUCAUCUGGCCCCAGAGAGAUGGUGUCCCAGUUGUGAGCCCUACCGGAAAGUACAUUGUUAAAUUGUGGCUUAAUGGGUGCUACAGAAAAGUCAUUAUAGACGACUUUUUACCAGCCUCUUUGGGGGAUUCAAAGCACUCUCUCCAUGUAGCAUCUAACGAGCACCCCAGUUUCAUUCUUCCAAGUUUGCUUGAGAAGGCCUACUUGAAGGCCAUGGGAGGCUACGAUUUCCCCGGUUCGAACUCAGGGACUGAUCUCUACUGCUUCACGGGAUGGAUCCCGGAACAUCUAUUCUUGAAAGGAAAUCCGGCAGAUCUCAGCCUUGACCUAGCCGAACCUUUAACACUCUGGGACCGGGUUUACCAAACUUGGAAGAGUGGCGACGUCCUUAUGACUCUUGGAACUGGUGUACUUGAAGCCUGGGAAGGUCACGGACUCGUUGGAGAGCAUGACUAUGCUAUAAUAGGACUUCAGGAGGUGGUAUCAGAUAGUGGUAGAGUAGGACGCUGGUUGUUGGUCAAGAACCCGUGGAAGACAGGCGGGAACUGGUCCGGUCCACUAGCUAUCGACGAUGACUCGGAUGAUGACUCGGAUGGAGACUUCGACGACCCUAAAUCCGAUUCGGACGAAGAUAGCGAAUCUGAUGAAGAUGCCUACCCGGAAGAACUCGCCCAAUCGCCCUCCCAAUCCGCCGUUUGGAUCGACCUAAACAGCGUAUUCAGGUACUUUGACUCUAUCUACCUAAACUGGAACCCAGCUCUUUGGAACCACCGGUAUGAUUGGCACUUCAGCUGGUCACAACUGUCAGUUAUAACUAAGCCCUCGACCACCGACCACCUCUGGAACGUCCCCGGGUGCUUCUGGGGAAAUCCUCAAUACAAAUUAAUUAACAAAUCAUCCACCCCUUCAAAAGCUUGGAUCCUCUUGUCCCGCCAUCUUCUUCGUAAGAAAGACUUCGACCGCAAAACUCUCUGGAACAAAAGCGGUCACAUAUCCCUCUAUGUCUUCGCUACCAAUGGGAAGCGUGUGUACCAAUCGUCAGGCUAUCUUAAGCGCGGCCCUUAUGUCGACAGCCCACAAACCCUCCUUCGUCUUGAGGUUCCCGCCAAAACUGCGUAUACAGUCGUAGUCUCUAGCCAGGAUCUAGUUCCGGCCGAAUCAACCCACAGCUUCACGAUCUCGGCUUUUACAUCAAUUCCCAUGGCCUUUGAACAAGUUGACGAACCGUACCCACACCUAUUUACCGUCAAGGGAUCAUGGACGAUAUCCGCCACAGGUGGAAACACCGAAAGUCGAGAGUACGGCCGCAACCCCAUGUUCAAAAUCUCCCUCUCCCAAUCUGCAAACCUCCAAAUCGGCCUUUCAAUUCACGCCAAACCUUCAGAAGACGGGAAGUCUGUUGGUAAAGCCAUCGCAGCGGAGAAUACCGCUUCUCCAUUGAUACAUGUUGCACUCCUACAUUCCGACGGAGGGAAAAGAGUACAUACUCUCGCCCGCAACAAGUUUCUUGCCAACAGCGGGGAAUAUAAACGGUUUUUCACAAUGUGUUCGGUGCAACAAGUCCCCAGAGGUGCAUAUACUAUCGUUGCUAGCACCUAUACAUCAGAUCAAUAUGCGCCGUUUACGAUUACCGUAGGGUCCUCGGUGCCUCUUGGACAAAGUGACUUGACUGUCAUUCCGAACGAAGAUGCAGGGUUGCAUACGACAUCAUCCACAUGCCAAGUUCCGGCCAAGACGUCAUCCAUACGGCUUUAUAUGACACGGUUGUCAAAGGGAAAAAUUAGGGUUGCGAAGAAGAGUUCAGGAGAAUACCUUAGAAUCGGUGUCUGGGAAAACGGUCGAAAACGCUGGAUCGCGGGAGGAUGGGAUGAUGAUGUUGCCGGAGGCGACGAUGGGUUUGUAGAAGGAGUAGCAAGAUUAGAGGAUGUUGAUUUAAGACCUGAUAGGGAGGUUGGAGAAACAUGGUUGGUUGUUGAUAGCAUGGUGAAUGAAGGGUUCGGGGGCGGGGGCGAUGCAAGUGGGAGGGCUGGAGCAUUCGAUGUUACCAUCCUCAGCGACAACGUUGUGAAAUUUUGGAGUGAUUGGGUGGAAACGAAUACCUGA